AUGACGGGCAGCACCGCUGUAAAACACGGUGGAAACUUCGCCAUCUCAGGCCGUGGAGAAGUCGAACUGGUUGUCCGAAUUUCUUCAGGGGAGCUACGCCGGGUGCGGUUCGCAGCGCUUCACACACCUGGAUUUGGGAUGAAUCUUGUAUUGAUCACGACACUGGACUCACGAGGUUGUCGUGGGUCAUGGGGGGGAGGAGUCCUGACCGUUGUGAAUCCGGACGGUGUCACUGUGAUGGACGGAAGAUUCUCGGCGCAGUUAGCAAAUGGCCGUCGACUGUACAGCGUGGACGUCGUGGAUGAGGUGGAUGGACCAGUCGUUGCAAUAGCAGGUCGAAAUCGGAAACAGCCAACGACAAUCGAAAAUUGGCAUCGAAGGUUAGGACAUGCGGAAAUCAAAGCAAUCCGACGAAUGGCUACAAAAGGGUGUGUCAUGGGACUGGACGUUGUCGAGGGUGACGUACAUGGAAUGUGUAAAGAUUGCAUCCUUGGGAAGCAGGACAAGAUGCCCUUCGAUGACGAGGUUGUACACGAAAGAGAGCCCCUCGAGAGAGUACACCUGGACCUAUGGGGACGCGCACGGACACCAAGCUGGGGCAACGCAGUAUAUUUGAUGCUGAUCUUGGACGGCGGCACGAGCAUGAAAUUCCCCGUGUUCUUGACAAACAAACGGAAGGAAACUGUUCUGGAAGCAUUUUCAGCGUGGCUCAGAGAGGCAUCUUCUUUAGUUGAGCCUUUGCUGGCCAGACAUUCCAUCAAAUAA